CCGCGCAGCCGCCAGGUUCGCCCCACCCGUGGGCGCCGCCGGGCGAGAUGCUCCUCCGGGACCUGGUGCUGCGUCGCGGCAGCUGCUGGCCCUCCUUGCUGCUGCGCUGCGCCCUCCACCCGCUCUGGGGCUUCAUGCAGGUGACACACGGUGAGCCCCAGAGGUCCUGCGUCAAGGUGACUGACAGCUGCCAGCACAUCUGCCAGUGCCGGCCCCCGCCCCCGCUGCCCCCACCGCCCCCGCCCCCACCGCCUCCCAGACUCCUCUCCGCACCAGCUCCCAACUCUACCUCGUGCCCCACGGAGGAAAGCUGGUGGUCGGGGCUGGUGAUCGUCAUCGCCGUAUGCUGUGCCUCCCUGGUGUUUCUCACCGUGCUUGUCAUCAUUUGCUACAAAGCCAUAAAAAGGAAACCACUGAGGAAAGAAGAAAAUGGCACCAGUGUUGCUGAGUACCCCAUGAGCUCUGCACAGGGCAACAAAGGGGUAGAUGUGAACAAUGCAGUGGUGUGAGUCUGCAGGCCUGGACCCCCUGGCCGGGAGGACACCUUCGUGGCACUAGUGGACAUGGGAAGGUGGUGGGCACCAGCUGACCCUGGCCUCGUCCGGGACUUCAUGCCUUGUAAACCCGGAGCCUCCUGAAGGAGGAAAACAUCCUCUUCCAAGGCUGGCCCUGUCUGGGCAGCACUGCUGACAGGCUGAGCGCAGCCCCCUGCAUGCAGCACCUGGGCUGGUGGCAUGGCCUGAGGCUCUCCAUACCCCUCUCUUUGUCUUGUCUUUGGCCCACAAACGUCCCCAGAGGGUCUGGCUGUCUCCUAGGGUGUGGAGGCAGGCACCCCCGUUAGUCACAAGAAAGCUGA